CCUAUUCCCGGCGGCGGGUUACGGGUACGGCAAUCCACUCUGAACCCGAGCCCCGCUCCAGAAAUCAUCCACCUCCGCCGCUGCCGCCUCCUCCAGAAAUUUCAAUUUCGACAGCUCCAGGGAGGAAUGGGGAGCGCCGCGCCACCCGCUCAGAUCCCGACGAGCUUCGGCCACGAGCUCAGAGCCUGCCUUCGUUGCCGUCUCGUCAAGACCUACGAUCAGUUCAGAGACUCGGGCUGCGAGAACUGCCCCUUCUUCAAGAUGGACGAAGACCACGAGCGCAUCGUCGAGUGCACCACUCCCAAUUUCAACGGGAUAAUCUCUGUCAUGGAUCCUAGCAGGAGCUGGGCUGCUCGGUGGCUAAGAAUUGGAAAAUUUGUUCCUGGUGUCUACACACUUGCAGUCUCAGAAGCACUACCUGAGGACCUGCAGGUUAAGAUGCAGAAACGCUGCAAAUCCUUAGAGAAGCUGUAGUGGGAUAUCACCAUCAAAUCUUCUUCAUUCUUUGUCUGAUUCUGAGAGUGAAGCAUCCUUACACCACUUACCCUUCAGAUUGAGUGCCUGUCGAAUAAUUAUUCAAUAUGAUGCUCACUGCCCAUACCAAGCCGUUGAAUAAAAUACUACAUAUAUAAAUGCCAUCAUAUCUUCAAUUAGAAGCUGUUAUAAGCUUCGAUCACUAAUAAAUUGUAGGCAUGCCCAGUUCUUUGUUCUCCUCGUAUUAAGGCCUUUUUGAGACCCAUCAACCCUUGGAUGGGCAUGAUCGCUGUCUUCUGGUUUUGAGCUGACUAUCUCGUCUUAAUCACUUCAAGUAUCCACAUGUCAGGAUUGUGGAUGAGGACAAAUAGAGGAGUAAAAGAUAUCCUCAGCUGCACUUCACUGUGCUGAGUAAACAUUCGGCACUUAUAUUAAGUUGUAAGUGGUUGUGAAGAUAUAAAUUUUGUUAAACGGCCAGGCGGAUGCAACAUGAAUUUGAUGAUCAGGGUCACCUAAUUAUUUGCAGUGGAAUGACAUACUGAUCAGAUUAUCAUAGGAUUUGAAUGGGGUCCAAUUUAAUUCCAAUUGUUAUUUGAGACUGAUGAGGCUAUUUAAAGACGAAAAGAAUCUCACCUCCCGUUAGUAUCUUGUAUAUUACUGAUGUCUGGUGUGCUGAAUCCACCCAUCUUGAGCUUGUCCUUUGAUAUGUAUCAAUUUCAAGCAAAGUAAGUCAAGACCUAGGGCUUGGUGAGGACAAUUCCAUUUGCUUUUCUUGGUGUUGUGUUGGUUUAAUUCUUUGUUCGGCUGUGAAAAAGCAUUCUCAUCAUUUCCUGCUGUCUCUCUUCUAUAACUCAUGGUCAGAUGAUUCACUUGUGUUAAAAUUGUUCUUGCACUUUCUAAUUUUGUAUUUAGGGUCUUCAGAACCCUUGCUUUGUGC